UUUAGUUUAUGUUACAAAACUUAAAAAUAAAAUAAUAAGCUGCUUGUGGUGAUUCUUGGAACAGUGUCCUCUGUGCGAAUGUGGAAAACAACCAAGGAUUCCAAAAACUAAGAGGAAGAGGAAGAUCACAAUGUUCAAUGUUAUCGGUUUUUCGUUAUUGACGAUGGAUUCCGUGGCCUACAGAGGAUUGUUCUACACAUUCUUCAUACUCAAUUUCGUUUUGGUCUGCCAACUCAUUCUCCUUCACCCUCUCGCUUCCGCUGAAAAUGCUGCUGAGUUGUUUGAGCGGGUAUCGCAAAGCAUAAAAGUGAAACACUAUACUGAGGCACUUGAUGAUCUAAAUGCUGCAAUAGAAGCAGACCCAACCCUUUCAAAAGCAUACCUUUUCAGAGCCUCAGUUCUUCGUCAGAUAUGCAGAUAUGAGCAAUCCGAGAGGAGCUACAAACAGUUUCUGGAGUUGAAGCCUGGAGAUUCAGCUGCAGAAAAGGAACUCUCUCAACUAUUGCAGGCUCAAAGUGCCCUAGAAACAGCUCAGUCCCUCUAUGAUUUGGGCAACUUCUCAAAAUCCUUGGACUUUAUUGAUAAAGUUGUUCUUGUUUUCUCUCCAGAUUGCACUAAGGCCAAGCUUCUUAAAGUGAAGGUGUUAAUAGCUGAUAAAGACUAUGAGGGUGCCAUUGCUGAGUCUGGGUUUCUUCUCAAGGAAGAUGAAAAUAAUUUAGAGGCAUUGUUGUUACGUGGUCGUGCAUAUUAUUAUUUAGCUGAUCAUGAUGUUGCCACGAGGCAUUUUCAGAAAGGUCUUCGCUCAGAUCCAGAGCACAGUGAACUGAAAAAAGCAUAUUUUCGAUUGAAAAAUCUACUGAAGAAGAGUAAAAGUGCUGAAGAUAAUGCGAGUAAGGGUAAACUACGUGUGUCAGUGGAAGAAUUCAAAGUUGCUCUUGCUGUAGACCCAGACCAUCUUGCGCACAAUGUACAUCUUCAUCUUGGCUUAUGUAAAGUGCUAGUCAAGCUUGGCAGAGGAAAAGAUGCCUUGGAAAGUUGUAGUGAAGCUCUUAAGAUCAAUGAGGAACUUGUUGAAGCUCUUGUUCAGAGAGGAGAGGCUAAGCUCUUAGUAGAAGAUUGGGAGGGAGCUGUGGAUGAUAUGAAAUCAGCUGCUCAAAAAUCUCCUCAGGAUAUGAGUAUCCGUGAAGCAUUAAUGAGGGCGGAGAAAGCUUUAAAGAUAAGCAAACGUAAGGAUCACUACAAGACUUUGGGAAUUUCUAAAACUGCUUCUGCUGCUGAUAUAAAACGUGCCUACAAGAAACUAGCCUUACAAUGGCACCCAGAUAAGAAUGUGGACAAAAGAGAAGAAGCAGAAGCUAAAUUCCGAGAAAUUGCUGCUGCAUAUGAGGUUCUGAGCGAUGAAGACAAACGUGUAAGAUAUGACAGGGGGGAGGACCUUGAAGAGAUGGGAGGUGGCGGCGGCGGUGGUUUCAACCCUUUUGGUGGUGGGGGCCAGCAGUUUACCUUUAACUUUGAGGGUGGCUUCCCUGGUGGUGGUGGAUUUGGAGGGGGCUUUCCUGGAGGGUUUGAAUUUCACUUCUGAUUGGAAAAGCCUCACCCCUUAUUUUUUAUGUUCUGAAGGGACCACAACAAUUUUAUUUAACUAAUCCCUUUCUAACAGUUGUUGAGAUCAAUACGUAGGCCAUCCCCAUUUACUUGUAAGAUAAGAAACAUGCUUUAGAGAAAUUUUUGCUUUAAGCAGAACUCUUGGGUUGGCAUCAUGGAAUUGCUUCACAGUUAACACCUUCGCAGUUUUGAGCUACUACUUGAGAUCUAUUUAGUUGCGAACUUCCAGUUAUCUAGUAAAAUUUAAAAUUGAUUAGCUGUUA